AUGACAGCAGCUACGGAUGGCAGUGCGUCGAGCGUAGUGAGGUGCGCGGAGUGGUUGCACAAAGUUGUUCCAUGCUGGCUGGACGCUGAUGCUUCAGUGCACCUCGAGGAUGCGCUGCGGGAGCUGGAGAUUUGGCUCAGUUGCGUCUCCGCGUACGCUACGAAGGGUGGACACCUGCCUGUGAAGGCAGCGCUGCGGGUGCAAUUGGUAACGCUGGACAGCUGGAACACAACUGCUUUAUCCGGUUGGCCGUCAGAGCGCCAAGACCUCAAGGUGCAGUUACGCUGGCUAGUGACACAGUUGUACCUGUGCAGUCACUGUGUCUUCGCGGAAUCAGCCGUUCGCGAGGCGCACUUGUCUCACCACCUAGAUGACGCCGAGAAGUGCAUUCUAAUGUGCCUAAAGACGAGCAAAGACCUCCUCCGUACGCGCCGCACCGAUGCCGCUGACAAGGUGCUCGCUUGGGCGGCGUGUGUUGUCAAGGCAUGCGGGGGCACCCCCGGUGCCACCGUACGCAAAUUUUCAGUAGAGGUUCAUUUUGCCCAGCUGCGCGCAGCCUGGGAGGCAGGGGGAUACGAUCGCGCUUGUGUCAUGGCCGCCAAGCUGGCUGAUGAGGCACGCUUGAGCCCAGCGUACACAGAGGCGCUGUUCGAGCUCAUCUAUAGCAUCGGAGUCAAAUCACUUCAGGUGGAUCAUUUUGAUGCAGACCCAUGCGGUGGACACGUUCGCAGUGCAUCGGAGACCGAGGGAGUGGAGCUGCCACCACGUGCAUCAGCCAGGCGGAUUUCAGACGAACAGGCUGCACUGCAGACCCUACUGCUCCUCUCCCUGCGACUGCAGGAAUCCAUCAAGGUGCGAACGGUGAAACAGCGGACAUUUUUCGGCAUGACACAACUGCAGUACGCCUAUUCGCUGCUUCUAUGCGGCAAGUACGACGACGCGGCGGACGCGGCGACAGCGUCGCACGCGAUUCUCCGCACCGUCGAGCCUAUUGUGGUGCGUUUUAAAGCUGAAGUGCACCGCCAUGCCACUAACGAGGUGCUGCCAUUAUUCGGUGCUCUUUGCGGUGACGCCACUGUCGACGUGGGGGAUCUGUGCGCCAUGGCAAGCCUUGCAAUGGAGAAGAUCCCUAGUUUGCAGGAAACGUUGUUUUCAGAGCUGCACCGCCGUGUGGCGGCCUCGGCGAUCGCCGUUGACCAGUUCCGACUGCUGUGCGUUCUCAUUCGCCACUCCUCUGAGUGGAGCGUUGCGGAGCUACUGCGCCGACUCUCCAAGGGCGAUUUGCCACCACCGACAUUUCACCGCUUCCUGUUCUGCUGUCUCUGGCAGCUGUCAGCCAAAACGGUGGAGGAGCAACCUCGAAACUUGUCUGUGGCCACUCGGUGGUGCUGCCUGGACGCGGCACAGCGGCUUUUCCGCAACGUUGCGUCAGAGGAAGAGCUGCAGUCCGUUUUGCUGGACAUGGCACAGCUCGCCGUCGAACUGCACGUCGAUGGAAGAGAGGCCACGAAGGAGCUCGAGCAGACGCUGAGACUGUGUCAACAAGUGAAGGCUAUCGUUCCUGCGCUGGAGGCACCUUUGUUGCAGGCUCAGUCGCAGGUCGCUUUUUUGCUAGGAAAAUCAGAGCAGGGAAUGGAGCGGGUGAAGGCACUGCUGACCUGCACAUCAGAGGAGACAGCAGUGCGGACCUGCAGCGAGCUCGUCACGUUUCUGCUCCGCUCGUCGUUGCUUCCCUUGGCUGGCGCGGUUGCAGAGUUAUGCGUCGUUGCCUUUCACCAGCAUCAGUCCCCAUUGUGUAUUAUCGAGUUUGCCAAGGUGUUUGCGAUGGGAUGCUUGGUAGAGGAGUCAGAGCAAAUCCGCGCCGAGGUUGGCGGCAUUCUCGAAGCGCAUGUUUGUCCUGUCUUGCAGCACGUGACGUUGACGUUGCCUGACGCGCGUUGGUGGAGUCGGUUUCUCUGGUACGCUGCCGAGGCGCUCCUUGACAGCGACCCUGGGCGAGCCGUGAGGCUCCUUCAUGCCGGGGUUGAGCUCCAAGCAGAUCGUAGCGACGCCUGUGAGACCGAGAUGCCCGCGGCAGCGUCGGUCGGGUUUGUGUGUGAGCGCCUGUGCCUUUUGCUCGACACUGAGUUUGACACCUUUGCAGCUGGGCAAGCGGCUCUCUCCACCGCAGAGCUUCAGCGGCACAGCGAUAGUCUUGCAAGCCUGCUUAGUUCCUGCAUCGACGAGAAGGACAGCGCAGACGGCUGCUUCACGCCGCCGCAGCGUAUCACACUUUUUCUUGCGAGGUUAGAAGUUAAGCUGCGUGAUGUGCUGGCACGUGAUGUCUCCGUGCCCAUUGACAUGGAGGCACUUGGCCUAGCUGAGCUGCCCAGUAUGACUGGCAUAGGCUCUGUUGAUCUUGAACAAGUAGCGACAGUGUGCCACCAUGUGGCCUUACGCCUUUCCCCUCCUGGUUCCUACUCUCUGUGUGAUGCGGCACUCACCAUCAUGCUGGCGGCGGCCCAGCUGAAGCUCAGCAGCGGUGUGGUCUCUACCCCUGCGCUCGGUUCUCUCUUCGCAACGAUCUACUCCGCCUUCAGGAUUGCUCGUAAUGCUGAUGGACGGCUGCUGGUAUGUGAAGUUCUCAUCACUGCCCUCCCUUUUCUCACUGCCAACGGUGCCUCGCGGCACUCCGCUUCCUCUCAUUUGCACGAUCACUAUGGCAGGUCUUCUUCCCUGAAGGGAGACCUCGGCCUCUGCGAGACCGUCGUUGAGUUCUUUGCCGUUGAAGCGUGGAAUGAGUCCGUACAGUGCAACAUCCUGCAGAGGCGUGCGCUGGUAGAGCGAUGGCGUGCCAUCACUGCGGCGCUCACAAGUGUCUUGAGCGACACAAACGCGUCAAAGGCCGCCAUUGCGGACCUUGCUGCGCAGAUGCCGUUGCUUUGA